AUGAGCAGGCAGAAAGAUGUACCUAAUUAAGUGGCGGGUGAGUGUUUUUUGCUGCGGAAAGACAUUUUUAGUGUUUGAUGGAUGAACUGUGAGGAGAAUAAUGACACCUCGUUAUACCCAUGUUUAACACUUAACAGAUUGCUGUGAUUUUAACUAAAGUUACUCCCAUAAUACACACAAAGUAUCGUGAGGUGUAGGGAAAAGGUGGAUAGGCUAAAAUGUCAUUAAAAAAAAGAAGUUAUUUUCAAUAAUUGUUAAAUCAUGAACAACAAAAACAAAUUGUGGAUAGUGAAAGACUCGCUUUACAUUUUGUUACACUUUAUCAGGGGCAAGCCAGUAGUUUAGGGCCCUACGCACACAUAUUUUUAGUGCCUAAAUUGCCAGGACCCUAUGCACACUGUCCCCCUUUUCCCCCCACUAGUGACGCCCCUGCACUUUACAUGUGAUCUUUUGUGUGCUUCAGUCACAGAGCUGAUAGAGCUGUGCUGUUCCAGUGUAUUACCAGGAGGAGGCACCAACAUUGAACUGGCUCUACAUUGCCUUCAUGAAGUACAAGGAAACAUAGCGGCAGCACUGGAUUUACUGCUAAUGAGAGGAGAUUUUCGGACCCCCUGGCACCCUCUGAGUGAUUACCACUACACAGGGUCAGAUCUUUGGACAGCUCAAGAGAUGAAGAUGUUCAAAAAAGCAUUGGCUGACUUUGACAAGGACUUCAGACAAAUUCAUAAUGUGUUACAGACCAAGUCAGUAGCCCAAUGUGUGGAGUAUUACUAUACCAUGAAGAAGGUGAAGAAGUUCAAGCAACGUGGCCGAACUGUAAACAAAAAAGACGGAGAGAUCUUUGUCUUCAAAUGCUCCCAAGAGCUCCAGUCUGAGCAAACAGACAGAAACACAAAACAGAGGACAAAAGCCACUGAGGGCGAGAUGAGUGCCAGAGCUGAGAAGGGUCACAGAUCUCCCUCAGUCAGGAUAGAUACAAACUCCAGAUGGUGGUGGGCAAGAAAGGACACCAGUCCGAGCAGUAGUCUGAAGUCAACUCAAGUCUCUUCAGUAUUUGAGCAGAAUCCUGUGUGAAGUGCAUUUAAGACUACAGUAAUGUUCAAAUCAUUAUCCAGAUACUUUCCUUCACACUGAAUACAAAAAGCAGCCAAGUUUUAAUUCAUUUUUACAACCGUUUAUUUGUUCUGACAGAUUUUGAGAAGUUAACACUUUGAAAUAUUAAUGUUAGGGAGUUAGGGUUGUCAUGAUACUGGAAUUU